AUGCCGCCCCACGCAGGAGUCGCCGGCGCGCGGGGCGGGCCACCCCUGCCGCUGCGCAACGGACUGCCGCCGACACUCUGCCGUGGCAGCAGCCGGCAACUCGUGCUGCGGCGCCACUCUCUUUCUGCUAUUGGAAGUCUUGCAGGUGGAGCCUCUGGUAUAGCUAAAGCAGUUAAUGAUGCAAAAAGUGCCCGUAAGCAGUUGGCAGAGAUGCAACAACAUAAUAGAAAGAUUGAAGCUAUAGCUUUGCAAAAGGAACUUCAAUAUCGUCUUAAUAAUGAAGUUGUUGACCAUGUUCGUAAUCCUGGAAUUACUACACUUCUGAAGGGAAUCGCAUCUUUUACACCUGAUCAUUCCAAUAUACUGUUAAAUGCAGGAUGGGGCUCAGUUGCAAACAUCAAAGAACUUGUAGAUAGUAAAGGACAUUUCAACUUCUGUAUUCCUUUGAAAAUGAUAUUUGGCUUUUGUGAAGAUUAUAAAAAAAUUAUACUGAAUGCACGACAUGAAUUAGUUUUAAUUCGUAACAGGAAUGAUACAUCGUCCGUAUUAGCAACUAAAUCAGAUCCGGAUGUGCAAAUAAUACUGGAAAAAGUGUGGUGGGAAAUGCCUCAUGUGCAUGUAUCAGAUAAAAAUCAAAUUCCAUUGUGGAAUAUUUUGAAAAAUGAUAGAAGUUUAAGACUUGCCUUUCGUCAUUGGGAUUUAAUAGAAAGCAUAGCACCAGAGAUUAAUUUUUGGUCCUGGCAAAUUAAGUUCACAACACAUCUGGAAACUGCUAGAUAUGUAAUUUUGGGUUUUCAAGUUGAUAGGGAAGCCUAUGACAAAGAUUCUAGUAUAUUUGAUAGUGUAGAUAUAACAAAUUUGAAAGUGUAUUUAAAUUCUGUGCGAUAUCCAGAAGAAAACUUUCUAUGUGAUUUUGAAACCAAAACAUUGGCUCAAGCAUAUGAUUUAUAUUCAAGAUUUCAGCCUUCAUAUUAUAUUUAUAAUGGAUUAAGUAAACCACUUUUCAGUCCAAUUGAAUUCCAUAACAACCCCAUAUUUGUUAUUGAUUGUUCACAUCAAAAUGAAUCAAUAAAAUCCUCCAUAAUAGAUAUGAAGAUUGAGAUAGAAACAAAGAAUCCUUUUAAAAGAAACACAAUGGCAUACUGUCUUGUAAUACAUGAUGUUAUUAUUGAUAUGAACCCCACUACCAACCGCGUGAUAAAACGUGUGCAGAUAUAA